AGUGUUGAAGAUCACAAGCGCAGUAGCACAGAAACGAGUUUGGAGUUGGAGUUUGGUGAACAAAAACGGAAAAGUUGCAGAGCAAGCAGUUUAGUGAAGCAAACCAAACGAAAAUUGAAUUUCGAAGCCUAUUUACAUAUGUGGAGAUCUUCUAUAGGGUAGACAAACUUUAAGGUUUUCAAACAAAUCGAAAAUGACUUCACUUUGGUAUACUCUCAUUAAAACAAUCGGUUAUGGCGGUAAAAAACUGAAGAUGACACCGAAAAAUGUUAUACUUAUCACCGGUUGUGAUUCUGGAUUAGGCUAUUCCUUAGCCAUGUACUGCCAUUCCUUAAAUAUGACUGUGAUAUCGGCCUGCCAUAAUGUAAAUUCUGACGGUGCACGCCUACUACGUGAAUUGGACGAUUCUAAACGUAUGCUCACAAUCGAAGUGGAUCUGCUGAAGGUGGAGACAAUCACGCAUGCCUAUCAAUAUCUAACCGAUAUGCUUCACACCAAUAAUGAAUAUCAAUUAACGGCUCUGGUCAAUAACGCUGGUGUUAUGUGUUUUGGUGAAUUCGAAUGGCAAACUGAGGAUCAAUUUGAAAUGCAAAUAAAUGUAAAUGUUUUGGGUACAAUGCGGCUUACUAAGCAGCUGCUGCCGUUGCUGCGACAUCAUCGUGGGCGUAUAAUCAACAUUACCAGUCAUUGCGGUCUGCAGGCUCUUCCUGCUUUAAGUCCAUAUGCUGCUUCGAAAGCAGCUUUACGUUUCUGGAAUGAUUCAUUGCGCAUGGAAAUGAGACAAUAUGGCGUAGAGGUGAUCAAUUUCGUACCGGGCUCAUUUGUUCAAUACAGCAAUAUAUCGGCGAGGCAGCAAGAUCAUGCAAAAGCAAUGUUAGAUGCGUUUAAUGAUGAGCAGCGACAAUUUUACGGCGACUAUUUCAAGCAAUUCAACAAUUAUUUGACAGUCAUUUCGGGAUUCAAGCCACCGAAUCAAUUUUAUGAUACUUCUUUAUUGAGAAAAUUUAAUAAUGCCUUAACUAGUAGUGUUCCUCAAACAAUGUACAUACACGAACCGUGGCGCUAUAAAGUAUACCGCUUUCUAUUCUGCAUAUGCCCUGCAUCCAUAGUGGAUCUUCUAACUGUACGAUUUUGUGCAAUGCCAACAUAUCAGCAAGUUAUGGCUUUAUUGAAACGGUAGAAGAAAAAUUUUUUUUAAUU